AUGGCUGCUGAAGUUGGUGCCCUGCCAAAUGGCAACUACGCACCCCACGCCGCCUACGGAGGCAUAAACCAAAACGAAUUCGCAUACACUACCAACCACGCCGUCUCCUCGCAAAACUCCGCUCCACCGCAGUCUUCCACCCCGUCCAACGCCGCAAGCUCGCAGCAGCCCGCACAGGCCGACAUCAGCAAGGACGAGGUGGGCUGGUACUUUGUCGAGCAAUACUACACCACCCUCAGCCGAAGUCCCGAGCGCCUGUACCUCUUCUACAACAAGCGCUCGCAGUUCGUCUCUGGCGUUGAGGCCGACAAGGUCUCUGUGUGUGUCGGCCAACGUUCCAUCAAUGACCGCAUCAAGGAUCUCGACUACCAAGACUGCAAAGUCCGCGUUACCAACGUCGACUCCCAGGCCUCGGACCAAAACAUCGUCAUCCAGGUCAUCGGCGAGAUCUCGAACAAGGGUCAACCACACAAGAAGUUCACCCAGACCUUCGUGCUCGCCACUCAGACUAACGGCUACUUCGUGCUGAACGAUAUCUUCAGAUACCUGGUCGAGGAGGAGGAUGAGCCGGAGCAAGAGUCUACCGCUGCACCAGCAGAGGAGGUCCAACAAGUGUCUGGCACUGAGAGCAGCGAGCAAGAGCCAGCAUCGACUCAAACCGAAGCAAAGACACUUGCAACAUCAGGCGAAGCCGUUGAGGCAGAUGCUCAGCAGCUCGAUAAGGAGCUCGAGGAGAAGGCCGCUGAUCGCCAAGCAUCCUCCGAAGAUGCCUCCGCUGCGGUCAAGGAACUCGUCAAUGGAGAGGGUGCCGAGGGUGCCAAGAAAGCUGUCGAAGAGGCCACCGCUACUCCAACGGAAGCAGAGACACGGACUUCUGCACCUGAGCCAACUGAUGAGCUCGAGCGCACCGCCACUGCUGAAGCUGAUGUACAGCCCGAGAAGCCAAAGGAUCCAGAACCAACUCCUGCCGCUUCGCCACCCAAGCAGGCUGCCCCUCAACCAGCACCUGCACCUAAGCCUGCCGCCCCCGCUGUGCCAAUGAGUUGGGCUGCGCGCGCAGCAGCAGCUUCUGCCAACCGUGCUCCAGUGCCCGCCCCAGCGGUGCCCCAACAACCCACCGCAAAGCCAGCCGCACCAAAGCCAGCAACUCCAUCCUCCACCCAGGCAUCGACACCACCCGCCCCAACAGCUCCUGCGGCCCAGCGCCAGGAGCAAGGCUCCGAAUCCCAGGAUGAGUGGACAGCCGUUGGCCACAACCGCCAGCAGUCGCGACAGACCAAUGCACCACAGCAGGAGCAGCCACAGCAGAACCGAGGCUACAUCAAGAACGUGCACGAGAAUGUCGACGCUGCUGAGCUGAGAAAGACCCUCGAGCAGUUUGGCGAAAUCGUUUACUUCGACAUUGCACGUCAAAAGAACUGUGCCUUUGUCGACUUCAAGACUGCUGAUGCCUACAACAAGGCAGUCGAGAGCCCAUUCGAACUGGCUGGCGAGAAGCUCUACGUUGAGGAGCGCCGCAUCCGACCAGGAUCAACCCCAUACGUUCCACGUGGCCAAUUCCAGGGCGGUCGCGGCGGCCGAGGCGGAGCUGGCCAGGGACCUCCGCGUGGCGGCUUCCAGGGACAAGGUCAGCGAGGCGGCGCUGGCGGUGCUCCAAGAGGAGGAGGACGCGGCGGCUCUUUUGCACCCAGUGCUCCGCGAGGCGGGAGGGGAGGUUCGUUGGCUUAG